CUCGAAGCCUUAAAUAAGCUCCCUGAUCAGGAUAGCUGUAAUCUGGUUAUGUAUUCAAUAGCGGCCUUUGCCCACAAUGAGGGUCUGCGACACGCGUUUAGUAUGGUCCUAAGCAGAGUUAGGCUUUUAAUGUUGGGAAAUCAUUAUUCUUGUCUAAUGGCCUUCUUAAAGGCGUUGCUUGUAACCCCCGCGCGUCUGUUCUUAGGUAGGGACGACACGUCGUCAACCUGGCGGGGGAUGAGGUAACUGCGCAUGCCGCUCGUGCGCCACUACUGAUUAAUUACCAGGUACGGACGCUGAAUCAACAACAGAGCUGCGUCAACACGCGAGCAGAUGGGGUGUAAGGCGUGCCCGGAUGGUCACGGUCCGACGAGGCCAGGGCAGGGCACGCAGGUGUGAGGAAGCUGGCAAAAGGGGGGGGCGAUGUGACGCUGGCGCUGCGAGUCCCCCAAGGCAAUGCAAGUUUCUUUUUAUUGACAUUCCAGAACUUGGCUCAUCUCACGGUCAUGCGGGUGAGAUUGUCGAGAGCUCUUUACGAGUCUGCCCGCUGCGUGUUGUGCGUGAUCGGGCUGGGCGACUGCGGUCAAGGUCGGGCGGAGACGGUUUGUGGAGAAUCAUGCCGCACGUCAACGUCGGAUGGUACCGCAGAUUGAACAAGUCGCUUCUCGUUCCUGCAUCUGACAUUGUCUUUGUGCAGGAUUCAGGCGGAGGGAAAUGAUGAUG